GCGCGUGACUCACCGCCCACGUCGAGCCCCGUGCUUCAGCGCCGAGGCGCCACCAGCGCCAGCAUCGCUGCCGCCGGGGUCGGCCUGCCCGGCAUGCCACUCGAUAAGGAGCACGCCUUCCACCAGCAGAUACAGCAGCUGAAGAAGCAGCAGCAGUUGCAGCAGCAGAUCCUCCUGCAGCACUUCCAGGCACAGAGACAGCAGCUGGCCGAGCAGCAUGAGCAGCAGCUCCGCCAUCACAUCAAGCUGUGGGAGCAGCAGAAGCAGCUGGAGGAACAGCGUGAACGCAGGGAGAAGGAGAAGCUGGAGGCAAUCAAGAAGAAGGACAAGCACGAGCAGAGCGCUGUCGCCUCCACUGAAGUCAAGCAGAAGCUGCAGAACUUCCUGCUAAACAAGAAGCAGUGUGAGGCUGCAGCUGCUGCUAAUGGAGCCACUUCAGCCUCCGGGAUGUCUUCACUGUCGGGGUCUGCGUCAAAUUUUCGCAACUGGAGUAUCCUACACGGUCACGACGGAGGACCAGGAACGGCAGCAGCUGGGUCCUCGGCAGGGGCACACCCGUACCGCCUGCCGUCCAUUGUAGCCAAGUACGAUGACGACUUCCCUCUCAGGAAGACAGCAUCUGAACCAAACCUGCUCAAGGUGCGACUCAAGCAAAGGGUGAUUGAGCGCCGAUCUAGCCCCAUCGCCAGGCGCAAAGAUCGACUUCUGGCCAACAUCAAGAGGAAGUCACAACUCGCAACGGAAGUGAAUGCUGGUGGUGUGGGAGCAAACAGUGUGGACUCUGGUCCAAAUUCCCCCCCGGCAAUCCCAGGUGGCGGAGGCCGCCAGCCUUCACCCUCUCACCAGAUGGGUCGCAGCAGCACACCAAUUCAAGAGGAAGGUGAAGGCUGUGGCAGCCAGCAGGGCAGUGUGGGAGAGCUCUCACUGUACAGCAGCCCAUCCAUGCCCAACAUCUCACUGGGGCGCCCUCCGACUCAUUCUGUGCCGGAUGCAACACACUUGCACGGAAGUGCAGGGUUGGGCACAGUGUCAGAGGCGGAAGUACGCGCUGCCUUCACAGCCAGGCUGGGAAUGCCACUCACUGGUCAAAUGCUGCCGGGGACUCUGCCUUUCUACCCAACAUUACCAGUGAUCGAUGGUGAGUACAGCUAUGCUGGUGGCAGUGCCACCCUCGGAACCGCACCCGGCAUUACAGAUGCACAAGUAGCACACGCCCGUCUGAAUCGCCGGCCACUGGGACGCACGCAGUCGGCACCGCUCCCGCUGGGCCACCCUGUGCUGGCGCUUGUGCCGCCGUCGCACUCUCCUUCUCAGUACGACGACUUCCAGCACCAGCAGCAACAGCAGCAGCACAACUUCCUGAGACAGCAAAUUCGGCAGACAGUACUGACGCGGGCUGGCAGCCGCAGUCAGGCAGCUGCAGCUGCAGCUGCAGCAGCUGGUGGGGGUGGGCCCAGCGGGAUCACCGCUGGACAGCUGGACGAGGCCCCAGAGGUGGAGGCUGAUGACUCAGCCGAGAUUAUUGAUCUCACAGAUCGCCGCAGUGACGAAAGUGAAAUGUCUCGGCAGCAGCGUGAUCGUGAGCGUUUCUUGCAGCAGCAGCGUGACCUCAUGAUGAGACACACGGCACAGGGCAGUGAUGGUUCAUUUCUGGGCCGGCCGUCAGUGUCUGGGAGGCCACUAGCACGAGCCCUGUCCAGCCCUCUGGUAGCCGUAGGUGCCAGUGAGGGAGCUGGCCCCACAUCCGGGACGGCUCUGGCAUUUGACUCGGCCAUGCUGAAGCAUGCCUGUGUCUGCGGGGACAACUCAGGCCACCCGGAGCACGGCGGACGCCUGCAGAGUGUGUGGGCACGUCUGCUGGAGACGGGGCUGGUGGCACGCUGCCAGCGCCCACGGGCGCGCAAGGCAUCACUCGAAGAGAUCCGUGCCUGCCACUCGGAGGCACAUGCCCUGCUGUUCGGCACCAGCCCGCUCAACAGGCAGAAACUGGACGUCGGCAAGCUGUCACAGCUACCGGUCAAGAGCUUCGUGCGACUGCCAUGCGGAGGGGUCGGCGUGGAUUCGGACACCACCUGGAACGAUGUUCACACGGCGACAGCAGCACGCACGGCCGUCGGGUGUGUGGUGGACCUGGCUUUCAAAGCUGCAACAGGUGACAUCAAGAAUGGAUUUGCCAUAGUGCGCCCACCAGGCCAUCAUGCAGAAGCUUCACAGGCUAUGGGCUUUUGUUUCUUUAAUUCAGUGGCCAUUGCAGCACGACUGUUACAACAGAGGUUAAACCUACACAGGAUCCUUGUAGUUGAUUGGGAUGUGCACCACGGAAAUGGCACCCAGCAGAUGUUCUACGAUGACCCACGCAUUUUGUAUUUAUCAAUCCAUAGACACGAUGAUGGAAAUUUUUUCCCAGGCACAGGAGGACCUACAGAGUGUGGUAUGGCGGAAGGCUUGGGUUUCAAUGUAAACGUUGCGUGGUCGGGAGGCCUGGCUCCUCCGAUGGGCGAUGCAGAGUACUUAGCUGCAUUCCGGACUGUGGUCAUGCCCAUUGCAAAGGAGUACUCUCCAGAGGUGGUGCUGGUGUCUGCAGGGUUUGAUGCAGCGGCAGGGCAUGCUGCUCCUCUGGGUGGCUACAAAGUCUCCCCAGCGUGCUUUGGCCACAUGACUCAUCAGCUGAUGCAGCUCGCUGAUGGAAAGGUUAUACUCUCACUAGAAGGUGGAUAUGAUCUGGCCUCCAUAUGUGAUUCAGCUGAAGAGUGUGUACGAGCUCUCCUAGGUGAUGAACCGAGCCCUCUGUCUGAAGACGAGCUGCAGCGACCACCGUGUCAGAAUGCUGUGGACACGCUGCAGAAGACUAUUGCAAUCCAGCUGUCACACUGGCCCUGCCUGAAGAGAGCGGCACACACGGUCAGCUGGUCUGCGAUGGAGGCGGCGCAGAAGGAGGCGGAGGAGUCGGAGACACUGUCAGCCAUGGCCAGCCUGUCGAUGCGGCACCAGUCCAACAGCCUGCAGUCACCGCCACAUUCACGUGAGCCAUCAGAGGAACCUAUGGAACAGGAUGACGCGAAGUGAACAGCCACUGCACAUUUCUAAAAUAUUAUUGUUAUAAAUGGCUACUGCAAACCAGGCAGGCUUUUUGUAAAUGGGUGUUGAAAAUAUACCCAGUGUAUUGGAAUUGUACUUUGGCUGCAAGCUGUGUGCAGCUAUAAAAAUCUCUAAGAAUGUUUCAUUGAGCAGUGGCUUCCUUAUUGGAAAAUGUAUGAUGCAUACUUUUGAUUGUUGGGCUCGAUGUAUGUGAUGCCCUAGUUUGUUGUGAAAGAAACACAAAGUUUGUGUUUGAUUCGGAGAAGGUUCUUAGAAAGCAAAGACGUCACUGGUUGACUGUAUUGAUUCAGUGUUGUACUUUUGUUCAGAUGCAACGAAUGUGAAAAACGUAUUUGUAUGAUCCAUAUCUCUCCGUGUUGUAUUGUUGACACAUUUUCUUUAGUACUUUGGCAUGUUUUGUUUUACAUAGAGUGUAUCUUGUUAUGUGAAGAAGUUGAGAAGGAGAUUUAUUACUGAAGUAUUUGUUUGUGAAGUAAUUAAUAUUUCAUACAAAAGACAUUAGUUAUAGGAAAUAUGAUUUGAUGAAAUUAGGUGUUGUAUGUAUGCAUGUGUGUGUCUAUGUAUAUAUAUAUAUAUAUAUAAAUGUCUUUUUACAGUGUCAGAUGUUACACAUUAUUUUUUUUAUGUAUAUUGCGUGAAUAUGUGGCUGUAACUGAUAGCCUAAUGGUAAAUGUUGACAGUUUAUUGUAACAGUAGUUUAUGAAGUGCUGGACACUUUAUUUCUCGAGUUUUCUGUCUUUGUCAGAUAUUGUGGGAUUAUACAAGUGACGUUUUAAACGUCCUGUUUUGAGUUGCAAUUGUACAUUGAUGUUGCAUAUAGUAGCCAGUUUUGUGAUAAAAGAUAUAACAAUUAUGUACUUUAAAUUUCAGUUGCAAAAGUAAUUAGUUAGAUGUCCAUAAGUGUUACAUAGUAUUUGUAUGACAAGUAUGUUGAGCUCAUGUUUGUGUACCUCGACGUAUAAUAUAUGUUGUACAAGCUUGUUCGGUGUGUCAGAGAUGCUAAAUUAUAUGGUAAUUGUGAUAAAUGUGCAGGCGUGAUUUGAAGAGCAUUUAUUUUUAUGUCAAGGAUUUUACAUAUAUAUUUAAAGAAAAAACUGAUCAAAUUUUUAAUGGGAAAUAUUAUUUGUUGUUAUACAGAUUUGUAUAUGUGGUUACAUAUAAAUUCUGACCGUCUUUAAUGUCAUUGAAAAGUUAAACUUUUAAUAAAUGCAAGUGCUGUUUGUCCAUAGUCGUUGUGAGAGAAUGUUUAUUCUUAUCUGACAGAUAACUGUUAUAGUUGCAAAUAUUUUAUGCGAUAAUGAGCCGUUUGCAUUCACUGUGAGAAGGAGCUUUAUAAAUGGUUGUGAUGAUGGUAUAUAUAUGAGAGCUGCCUGUAUUGUCUAAGUAAGAUGCCGACAUUCCUGUAUGAGAAAGUAGAACUGAAUGUUCCUGAUUUAUGUAGCCGUGAAUCUGUAAUAGAAGUGAAGAUUGCACAUAUUCAUUGUCUUACCUGAAAUCUGAGCUUACAGGAACGUAAGAAGUGUAUUUCAUCACUUAACUGAUGUCUCGUGGCACUCUUCUUACACUCUUUUUUUUUCUUUUUUUUAAAUAAAUAAGUAAGUAAAAAAAUUGCUGACAGCUGUCAGCAGUGAACAGGCACAUGCAAGUCAUUACUUCAUGCUAAGUUCAGGUUUCUUAUUUCUGUUUUUUUUUUUCCCCCUUGUCAUACUGAUACAUUCCGACAGAACACAGCAAUCCUCUUUCCUAUUGCACUGAAAACUGCUUUGAAGCACCUUGCCAUGAAGAGAGGGAAUGAAGUUUGGAGGGAGGUAGAGGGUCGUUUUGAAAAUACAACCAGCACAUUUGUCCCUCUCAUGUGUCUGUGUUCGGCUGGGACUUCUUGAGCAUGGUGAACAGCAAUUUGUGGCUCACUUUGAUUAUUACCUUGUUUGUCCUAGCUGCUGGCCUAGUUAUGCAGACAACAUUAUUUGUAAUGGUAAUCUACUGUAUUUUAUUCAUUGUGUGUCUUUACAUAAUAUUCUAGCUGUACUUUUGCACACAGAUAUAUAUGCUAGAAUUUGGUUGAGGUCAUAAAAUUGGUAAUUAUUGACUCUUCUCCAUUUACUUAGUGAACUAAGUAUACUUUCACACACACACACACACACACACACACACACACACACACACACACACACACACACACAUUCUGUGCCAUUUCUGCUUCUGACUUUGCUGUUUAUCACCUUAAAACCUAACUGUAUCACAUUCACUAUGUUGACUGUUUGUGCAGAUAUAAUUGCUGAAUAUUUCCAUAUUUCUGUUGCACAAUAGGAAAAAUGUUUGGUCUCGUGAUGGCACAUAUGUGAGGACACAAGUACUGAAAGUGUACAGUUUAUCAGCUACAAAAUAUUGGAAAAGUAUUUUUGUCCAUAUGAUAAUUUGUAUCUAUUUCAACAAGUUGGUUACUUAAUACAAAGUUACAGACAACAGAACAUGUGUGAAAUGUGUGAUGGGCAUCUUGUUAAUCAAUAAAAUAAGCCUGACUUGGUUGAAUUUUUGUGCUUCUGUACAUACCAGUUGUAUUAACUUCACCAUUGUGAAGAAUGCUUUGCAUUUGGAAGUAAUUACAUUGUUUAAUCUUUACUGAGCAUUUAAUAUCUUAUUGCCUGGAGGUCUUGAGAGACAUGGAAUAAAUUUUUAAUACGUGUAUCACACAGUGAGAAAAAUAUGGUUACUAGUUCUACACUGAUAGCUCUCAAAUGAAAGUGUGGCAGAUUUUGCCUUGGUUUAUGUGUCACAGAUAUGUAUGAACAUUGUGCUAAUUGACAUAAACAUUCUAAUUAAUCAUACCAUAUGAAUUAAACACACAUAGCUUAUCCUAAGAAAAGUCAUUCACUCUUGAGAAAGUAAGUGAUUUUCUCAGUGUAUUUUCCUUUUCUUGUAGUGUACAUUCACGAAUAAUGAUUUGGAACUCUUUUUCAGUUUCUUAUUAGAUUACACCAAUAAAAUUCCUCAAAUGUGUGUUCAAGGAAGGUUAUCAAAAUAAUUUUCACUUAUACCAAUUGUCAUAAAUAUAUAACACAUCAACCCAUUCUGUCAUAUAAAUAAAGCUGCAUAAUCCAGCUUAGAUCAUCUAUCAGAGUGGUCGUAAUUUGUGUGUGUGUGUGUGUGUGUGUGUGUGUGUGUGUGUUAGUAUAUUUUGAAGUAUAUGUCACUUGAUAAAAAAGGGGGAACCAAGGCAGAGAACACGGAAAUUAAUUUACUUGUAUUUAUACACAUUGUUAAUUCUAGUCAAAAGUUACAGUGGAACAUUCCAUACAUUUAAAGAAAUAAAAUAUGUUUCAGGUACCUGAAUGUCACUUAAAGCUUGUGGGGAAAUACUUGUGAGUUUGCCUAUGUGUUGGAAUGCUCACAUAAAUCCUUAUUUUCAGAUACCUAAUGUAAAUAAAAUUAAAAUAAAUGUAUUAUUUCAGUAAUCCAUAAUUUUUAAAGCACUGACCUUGCCCCUCAGAUUUAAUUUGUAAAAAAAAAGAGGAUGAUAAAGUUGUCAUAAUAUUGUCUAAUUGCAAUUCAGCAAAUUUUUCUGUCAUUAAAUGCUGCAGUGUGAAGGAUUUGUAAUCAGAGAUGCUGCCGCCUAGUCUCUUAUGACAGCACUGGUAACUUUUUCUUUUAACGGUUUGCUCUUAUAAAUAAGUCAUAAAUAAGUCAUAAGUAGUGUGCAUAAAACGAACUGGAAGGUUGCAUAUUUCUCCACAUUAUUUUUAGGUGUAUGAGAAAAUAUCAUGGCAGAACUAUUGAAUCUUAAUUAAUCAUAUCCCUAAAAGCCCCAUGAAAUGGAGUCUUAAUUAUUGGGGAAAUAAUUUUCCACCUGUUUUAACUAUCAAUGUUGCAAGAUGAUUGUGUUUUGUUACAUAGUUGUGAGGAUUAAAAGUGAUUAGGAGGGGAAUUCUUCGAAAUUCUAUAGAAGAAUAAGGAUUUCCGUAACCUAUAGAGCUUAAAUGUUGUAAAUGGAUCUAUCAGUUCUUGUAUUUGUUGUUAUCUUACGACAGUCCAAUAGGACAGGAGUGGCAUAAAUGCUAUCAGCUUACCAAACUUGAGCUUCAGCUGUGUGAGAUUUAUCUGUCUGAUAUGCAAAAUUCUGUGUCUUGACUUUAUUUUGACUGCUAACAAUUUUGUGUGAACAUUUUGUCCUGUUCAGGAUUUCCAGUGGUUGUCAACUACGCCAAGAGCUACUUUUCAGUAGUUGUUAAAUUUAUGAGCAGAAGUACUUUCCUGUCUCUCCUCAGAACUGUUACUAACAAGAUAUGUGUUGUUAAUCCACAAUAUUGUAAACUGUAGAUGACAGGUUGGAACUAUGACAUAAAAUUAAUUCUCAGCUGCUCAGAAUUCAGAAGCUUUUCACACCAAACAUAAAGCUUGUGUUUCAGGCUGUUUUAGACAUUCAUAAAAUGACACAUUUAUGGAGUCUCUUUUUGUGAGAUCCUUAAAUACUAUAUAAAUCUACAGACAUUUGGCAUUGUUUCAGUGCUGGACUUAACAAUAUAGUUGGGCAGUUGUUACACCAAUAAAAAGCAACAAAACUAUAUAGUAAUUGAAAAGAAAUUUGUUUUAUGCUGCCACUGAAAAUAUCAUUAUAUAUGCUGCAAGUAUUUCUUCUUUCAUAGAAAAGCACCUAGCUUUGAAGAACUCAAUGUCAACACUUCCUGUACAAAAGAAACAUAAGUUGGCAUCAAAUGCACUACAUCUCUUUAAGUUUUUCCACAGAAUGCACUUUAAUUCUGUAUGUAUUUGUGUCACAUUAUAAGAUUGCAUCAGCAGUGUGUGUAUUUACCUGAUCUACAGUAACAACAACUGAUUUUGACCUCCUUUCCUACUGCCGAUAACCUCUUGCAGUGAAUGUGUUACAGGACAGGAAUUUCUUAUUCAUUAGUAGAACAUUUCUGUACUUUUAUUUUGUGGAAAUGGAAUUCUGGCUGUAGCAUAUAAUUGACAGUACAAUUUAUGCCGUUUAUAUAAAUUAGAAGGUGCCUGCUAUCAUUCUAGGAGUUUUUAAUGGUUUGCCUCCACAUUACUUCUCCAUAACUCUUGAAGAAAUAUGCAGAAUAGAAAUUUCUCUACCCUCUUCUCACCCCUCCCCCUCCCUUUACAAUGUUAUUUAUACCUGAUUUCUAAUAACUGUAAAGAAAUACCUGCUAUUUAAAUCCAAGUUUGUUUGGUCUGGUUUUCAGUCUUAAAAUGUAUUACUAUACCAGUGUGUAUAGCAAGGACAGAAGGAAUUUGCUUGGGCAAUCUAAAUUCAUAAAAUAUGGUAUGCUGUAAAUCACACUAUCUCUAAUAUAUAUUUUGUGUGUAGAUUAUUCUGUGAAAAUAAUAAUUUGAUACCAAGUGUAUAAUUACUCUCUUGUUAAGUGAAUCUCAUAUACUUUUUCACCGUGUUUCACAUGUAUGACUUGUGAUGUAGUCUCGCAUUGUGUAUUUCAAGCUUCUUUCGAGGAUGAAAUAUAAAUGUCUGAAAGAUUGUAGGUCCUCAUCGUUAUGCUCAUGUAGUGACUUUUGAUUGUUGCUUGUUACAUUUAACAUGUGGAUGUAUAUUGUUAAAUUUAUAUCUAUUUUAUGAAUAUGUUGUAACAAUUUUAUGUCACAUAAAAGUUGCCAUAUGUAAAUGCUAAACCACAGAGCAUGUUAAUAUUAUUAUGUAUAGAGCUAUAAUGCUGUCGUAUGUUGUCAGUGUCUUUCAGAAUACAUGUUUACAUUUGUUGAUGGCAUGAUUGUGUGCAAUAGCAGAAGCGUGCAAGUUACUGUUAUCGCUAAUGAAUUUUAUGUAUCAAUAAAUUUUCCAUUUUGAUGAAA